UGUCUAGGAAUAAAAGCAUGAAACUGAGCCUAGAAGUGCACUCACAGAGCACCGCCCCAAAAUAACAUCACCACCAUCAUCAUCAUCAUCACAGUCUGAAAGAAACAUCUGGAGGGCACGAGAGAGGACGCACGCAGACUGCCAACCUGCUGCACGCGCCGCGCCGCGCCGUCGCGUUCGUCCAUCUGGAUGCUAAUAUGAGGAAGCCUCUGCCGUGCUGAAGGUUAUCUGGAUUCCACUGAUUUACUGGACAAGUAGUAUGCCUGGCAUGCGCUAGGCCCAACUGUAGUGUAGUGAGAGAGCACAUGAGCAUUGAAGCUGAGAAUUCGGCCAUGGCCCGCCUGAGCUCUCAGCGCCCAUGGAAGAAACUUCGACCCACACGGGUGCUCGGCCUCCUCAUCAGUCUUGUAGCAAUAAGUGCUGUGACCUUCUCAUGGCACUCUUCUUCUCAGCGGGAGGGGCUACACAGCCACAUCCCACACAGGACAUUACUGUCCACACACUUGGGUUACCGCGGUAAUCUCUCGGAGGACAUGCCCAUUGCCAUGCGCUCGUCUACGAAGUCGAACGAGAGUCAGGGGGAUUACCCUACUGACCUGUUUACCCUGGAAGAACGCCGAAGGGGCGCUGUGGUAAUGCACAUGUUCGGCAUGAUCUACAUGUUCAUCGCCCUCGCCAUCGUGUGCGAUGAAUUCUUCGUACCCGCGCUCACUGUCAUUACAGAGAAACUCGCGAUCUCGGAUGAUGUGGCGGGAGCCACCUUCAUGGCGGCUGGGGGCUCUGCUCCUGAGCUCUUUACCUCGGUCAUUGGCAUGUUCAUCUCCCAUAGUAACGUGGGCAUCGGAACCAUCGUCGGCUCUGCCGUGUUCAACAUACUGUUUGUCAUAGGAAUGUGCGCCGUGUUCUCGAAGGAGAUCCUAAACCUGACGUGGUGGCCUCUCUUCAGGGACGUCUCUUUCUACAUAAUCGACCUCAUCAUGCUCAUAGUUUUCUUCCUGGAUAACUACAUCACGUACUGGGAGAGUAUCAGCCUCCUGCUAUCCUAUGCUGCCUAUGUGAUAUUUAUGAAGUUCAAUGGGAAUGUAGAGUCUUUCGUCAAGGGCAUCAUGAACAGAAACCAGGUGGUGGAAGUAGAGGCCCAACCAAAGUUGAGCCCUGGCGGAGUGGAGGAUGACAGCAAACUCUCGGCCAAGCCCCGGCUGCAGAGAGGAGGAAGCUCCGCCUCCUUGCACAACAGCCUGAUGAGAAAUAGCAUUUUUCAGUUGAUGAUCCACACACUUGAUCCUCUAAGUGAAGAAUUUGCUGACUCUGAGCUGGGGACUUAUGGCAAGCUAAAAUAUUAUCACUCAAUGAUUGAGGAAGGAAAGUUCCGUGAGAAGGCAUCAAUACUACACAAAAUUGCCAAAAAGAAAUGCCAGGUGGAGGAUUCAAAUGGAGUCGCUGAUAAAAAUCUGCCCAACAGCUCAAGAGUGGAGGUUGACAUGACCCCACCCUUGAACGGCACUGCUGGACAAGAUGGUGAUGCGGGUGAAGAAGAUGAUGAGGAUGAUCAGCCUCUUAGCCUCUCAUGGCCAGAGACAGGCCGUAAACGUUUCACGUAUAUCUUAAUCAUGCCCAUAGUUUUACCUCUCUGGAUAACCCUGCCUGAUGUCAGGAAGUCUAGUUCCAAGAAGUUCUUUCCUGUUACAUUCCUGGGGGCGAUUUGCUGGAUUGCUGCCUUCUCCUACCUGAUGGUGUGGUGGGCUCACCAGGUUGGAGAGACUAUCGGUAUUACAGAGGAGAUCAUGGGGCUGACGAUUCUAGCGGCUGGAACCUCCAUCCCUGAUCUCAUCACCAGCGUCAUUGUGGCCCGUAAGGGUCUGGGGGACAUGGCUGUGUCUAGCUCAGUCGGCUCCAACAUAUUUGACAUUACUGUAGGGUUACCGUUCCCAUGGCUGAUGUACUCUUUUGUAAACAGUAUGAGUCCAGUAAAGGUGAGCAGCAACGGUCUUUUCUGUGCCAUCGUGCUACUCUUCCUCAUGCUCCUCUUCGUCAUCAUCUCCAUCGCCGCCUGUAAGUGGAAAAUGAGCAAACUACUGGGCUUCAUCAUGUUCCUGCUCUAUAUCGUCUUCCUGGUGGUCAGCGUCCUAUUGGAGAAUAAGUUCAUCGUCUGCCCUGUCUCUAUCUAACGUCCUGAUUCAUUUAUGAAGCAAAUACCACUUCAUACAAGUAUGUACUUGCUGACUUUAACCCACCUUUGGUCAUUUAAUUUGCACGACACAUCGUUUCUUAUGUCCGCGCUCCAACCGCACUGACCCCCGUCACUAUACGGGGAGUUCCCGACCUCCAGCCCAUCUAAUCUACUCUUCUCUAAAUCAGCAGGAACUCCUUUUGCACUUCAACACCACACAUUUCUUCGAAUGAAUGCAUGAAAAAACAUUUUCUUAAUCAGUAUUUUUGUGUGGUUUUCCAGGGAAAUAUUAAAACCUCCUUUAAACUAGAUCAAUUUAAUUAAAAAGCAAAAUUGUGUAAGAUAAUAUAUUUUUCUUUCAUGUUUUAACCAAGAACUGAAAUGUUGUUAAAUGGGUCAUUCUCAUGAAACUUGUCAAGAAAACAUCCUAGUCAUAUUUAACUCCAUAUCAAUACUAAACAAAUAUGAAACUAUAUUUUGCAUAAAGAAAAUGAAGAAUACAUUUACCCUCGUGCGACCCCUCAUCCACAUGUGUGGACGUUGUAUUUUGGCUUCGCUACACGCAACACAUAAUUUAAAUACAUUUAUACCGACUGAUCUCAGUUUAGGAGACUCUGUGCUGUCAGCAAAGGUUAAAGUUUCAUGUGACCAAAAAUACUGAUUAAGAAAAUAGUAUUUUGCAGUGUAAGAGAUUGUUAAAGAACAAUGAAAGCUUUGGGAAGAUUAAACUAGGGCUGUAACGGUACACCAAACUUAAACUGAGCACUAAGGAUUUAUAACCACACAAAGUUUCUUUAAAUGCUGAGAACACUGAGAAUGUUCAAGUGGAUAUUUACAAUGAUAUUCCUAUUGUUUCUGAGCAUGGUCUACUGUAUUUUGCAUGUUUAAUUUUUGUUCCCAUGUAACAUUUGAAUUUGGUAUUUGUCCUUUUACUGGUCACAAUUUCAUUAUUGAUCCCUUUGUUAAUGGUUAAUAAAGGGGUUCAUAAAUGAAUAAUAAUUAAUUUACAAAUGCGUUAUAAAUUAUUGAUAUUACACAUAACAACAUAUGUGUAUGCACAUGGUUAUAACAACAUACCAUGGGCGACUUUCAUGCAAUUCUUGCCAAAUAGGUAGUAUUUAACUUACAUGCUAUAAAUGCUUAAAAAAUACACUUAUUCAUACUUAUAUCAAUCAAAACCCUAAAUAUAUAUAUUAAAUUGUUACCUCUGAAUGCUUUCCUCAUAUAUGAUUGCAAAUAUUGCUGCACAACUUGUCUUGCUGCAAUAUGGAAAGAUGGAUAUUCACAUGCUGAUAAUAUUAUUAAGAGAAAAAAAUGAGAAAAGCCCAUGAAAGAUUUAAAUCAAACUGCAUUAACUGCAUGUGUUAAACAAAUGCACACACACACACACACACACACACACACACACACACACACACACACACACACACACACACACACACACAUGUUGGUCUAACUAUCAUUAUGAGGACUUUCCUUUUCUAACUAUAGAUUCUAUCCCCUAAACCUAACACAACCCCUAAACCCAACACACACCCUAAACCCAACACAACCCCUAAACCUAACACAACCCCUAAACCCAACACAACCCCUAAACCUAACACAUCCCCUAAACCCAACACAACCCCUAAACCCAACACACCCCUUAAACCCAACACAACCCAUAAACCCAACACAUCCCCUUAACCCAACACAACCAUUAAACACAACACAACCCCUAAACCUAACACAUCCCCUUAACCCAACACAACCAUUAAACACAACACAACCCCUAAACCUAACACAUCCCCUUAACCCAACACAACCCCUAAACCCAACACAUCCCCUAAACUCAACACAACCCCUAAACCCAACACAACCCCUAAACCCAACACACCCCCUAAACUUAACACACCCCUUAAACCCAACACAACCCCUAAACCUAACACAUCCCCUUAACCCAACACAACCCCUAAACCCAACACAACCCCUA